ACUCUGACUUUUACUAGCACGGUACAUUUAAACACAAGUACGCAGCGUGGAAAACACACACGAGGAAUCCGCAUUGGAAAGCUUGUGCUUAUUUUUGUUGUUGUUGUUUUGCAAAUCGCUGUAUUUUUGUGCCUUAUGGGGGAUAUGUCUCACGCCCAGUUAUCGAACAUCGCCAUGGAGAGGCUGAUGGCCCGGAGGACCUUCCCCUUCCACAAGCGCACCGGCGUGUGUCGGAACCUCUUCGGACCGGUGGACCACGAAGAGCUGAGUCGGGAGAUGAGCGUCAAACUGCGGGAGAUUUCCGAGCGCGACCGGCAGCGGUGGAACUUUAAUUUUGAGGCCAACACCCCCCUGGAUGGAGACUAUGAGUGGGUGGAGGUCUCCUCGGACAGCACCCCAGCCUUCUACCAGGGCUCGUCCCAGCUCAGCGUGCCCGCGACGCCCGUCAAGCUGCACCCGGACGCGCUACAACGUCUGGCCGCGCCCGAGGGGAGCGAGGGCGCGCCGGCCGAGCUCAACCAAGAGAACCGCGCGGACAAGCUCAACUCCCGGAGGUCGGCCCACAGACGGGCCCCUUGUGGCGGACAGAAGAGGCCGACCACGGCCCCCGCGGAUAACAACACGCACAUCACAGAUUUCUUCGUGAAGCGAAAGAGGGCCGCGGAGAGAAAGUGUAUGGAGCUGAGCCAUCACUCCAAGUCUCCCAUUCCCAUGGAGCAAACGCCGAGGAAAAGGAUCCGUUGAAGGUGGAUUUUUGCACUAACUGCUUGCGCGGGCAUGCAUGACGGAGGAAGGAAAGAAAAGGAGGAGGAAGGGGUGAAUGGACGAUAGCCGGCGGAACCCCCACCCCGAAUCCCCACCCUGGUCCGGUGGAGCAGCGCCGGCCAGACACCGGACAUCCACCACCGGCCUCUCAGGAUUGAACCGGCCGAGCUCUCGGUGUGGGGAGUGAUAUUUUUUUUUCUAUCCAGUACAAAUGUAGCAUUCAUUGUUGCUGCCACUCGACAGUGUUUUAACAUCUGUGCAAUCCGUAAGAAAAAAAAAAAGACUUUCAAUUGUCUACACUGGCCAAAAGUGUACAGCUUUAUAGAGACAUCAGCCUAUAAUUGAGUAAUGUGUCGUUGGGUUAUAUCUUCUAUGUAUAUUUUAAAACCUAUUUUAACUUAUAAUUUAUUUAUGUUUCUUUUAUACGUGUUAAGUGAAUUCUUGAUUUCGCCUUAUGGCGUAUGUUUAUUUUAUUAUUUUUCUAUUGGUGGUGCAUUUGCAAUCAUGUAGCUUGUAGCGUACACUAGUUGUCUUUGUGUCUCUGAGCCAUUUUUUUUCUCGGUUAAAAAUGUUUGUUCUCCAUGCAAAUGCUAUCAUGAGCAAAAAAAAAAAAA